CCUGCACCGACUCCACACACACACACACACAUUCACUGAUACACACACACUCACUGAUCGGCCUAGAAUUGAUCGAAUGCUCGGGAUUUCAGCGCUUUAACGUUUAGGAAUGAAUUAGAACAGGACGCAGAGACGUCGUGCACGAGACCGGAAGUGGGUUUGAGCUCAUGCUUUUUUGAGGAGUGUGUGUGUGUGAGUGUGUGUGUGCAGAGAGAGAGAGAGAGAGAGAGAUGUGUUAAUGGCAGGCACAGAGGAAGUGUUUUAAAAUCAUACACACACACACAGGUACAUGCACGGUGUGUGUUUGUUGAAACAACUCCUGAAGCCCAUCAUCUGGGCCUGCACACAUCUGGAACACAUCUGCAUUUAUUACAUAAUUGAUCCCUGAGCGAGCGAGAGGUCGAAGGCCAUGCGGCGGGUCACGGCACCAUGGGUGAUGCGGGUCCUGAUGGCGGCGAUGGUGAUGCUGGCGGACCGGUCCAGGGCCGAGGGUGAUGCGGUGAACCUGGCCGAGCGUGUGAUCUGGGCGGUGAACUCCGGGGGAGAAGCUCACACCGACACACACGGCAUCCAUUACAAAAAAGACCCGCUGGAGGGGAAAUUGGGGAAAGCGUCGGAUUAUGGUAUGCGGUUGCCGAUCCUGCGCUCGAGCCCGGAGGAUCAGGUGCUGUAUCAGACGGAGCGCUACAACGAGGACACGUUCGGGUACGAGGUCCCCAUGCGGGAUGAGGGGGAGUACAUCCUGGUACUGAAGUUCGCCGAGGUGUAUUUCGCCCAGUCGCAGCAGAAAGUGUUUGACGUGCGGGUGAACGGACACAUGGUGGUGAAGGACCUGGAUAUAUUCGAUCGAGUCGGUCACAGCACGGCUCACGACGAGAUCAUACCGUUCACCAUAAAGAGGGGGAAGCUGAGUAUCCUGGGGGAGGUGUCCACCUUCAACGGCAAGCUCACCAUUGAGUUCAUUAAAGGUUACUACGAUAAUCCGAAGGUGUGUGCGCUGUAUGUGAUGAAAGGGAAACCUGAAGAUGUGCCGAAGCUGCAGCCCCACCCUGGCCUGGAGAGACCCGAAGAGGAAGAAAUAGAGGAGGAGGACCCCGAAAGCGGGGACGAGACGAUGAAGAAGCUCGGGUCUCAAUCUCCGAAAAAACAGGUCCGGUCCGGGCCGAGAACGCCGAACCCGUACGCGGCUGAUAACAGCAGCCUGAUGUUUCCUAUCCUAGUGGCCUUCGGAGUGUUCAUCCCUACACUGUUCUGCCUCUGCCGCCUGUGAGAGAGAGAGAGGGAGAGAGGACGGACUGAUUCAUCUGGUCCAACAGGAAAUGACGGGGGUGUGGGACGGUGUCUCAUACUGCUUUGUGAUUGGUGGAGAGAGUGGAGCCAGUGAGAGUUUAGAUUUUUAAAGGACCGGUUAAGGCGCGGCGUUUUUUCCCUUUUCUUCACCCUGACACGUGUUCAGUUCCAUGUGAGCUUUUCUCUGCUUUAGUUUUUGGCCCCAGAGCUACGAUGCUAACGACUGAUGUCUGCUAAUUAGCCGCCAGGUUAGCAUGGUGCGCUCCGUCCCGUCUCCGUGGCACCAUUUAGCGCACGAUGCUAAUCUGUCUAUCUGUGAGCCUGUGUUACUUGUUAGCGUUGUUAGCCUCCGGUACAGAAGUGUUUGAGCUCCAGCGUAUUACUCGUCAGCUAUGCAACCGUUAAACCAGCGGGAGACGCGCAGCAUCCAGGGGUUUUGACUUUUUUUUUUCCACAACUUUCCACACUUCCACACAACUCUCAUGUCAUCUUUCAUCUCUUUAUUCUUUACUCAGUCUAUUUUUUACUAGUUAAGUUUAUUUAAAACAGUGUGACUCCUGAGUCCCUGAUGUUCCCUAAUGGACAUGUAGUGCACUACAAAGUGUACAGAAACUUAACCUUAUGGAAUGUGUGUAUACAACUUGACGUACAGUGCACUGUAUAGGGUGUAGUGUAUUUACACACACGUGUGUAGUGCAGGUAGGGUGCACUAUGUUUAUUUACCCUUGAUAGUGCACUAAACAUCCCUAUUCCUCGUGUAGUGCACUACGUCCAGUACAGAUCAGUUUGGAUUCGGCUGUCGUCCACUAUACAGUCAUGUACAAAAAUUAGCCCCCGCCCCCUUUAUUUUAAUUCUAUUCUUAUUCUUUUUUUUGUAAAAACAUCAAAUGAACAUUGGUCUGACCGCGGACGACCUCAGUAUUCUGCUAAUACAACCUCAGACCAAUGAGAGCAUAACUUUUCUCACUGUGCCAUUAUUUAUUUAACAAAAGAGUUAUUUAUUUAUUUGUUAAAUUUAGGCCCAGUGAAAAAAUGUUAUAUGAUGAUAUUCGUCUGAGGUUGUAUUAUUAUUAUUAUUAUUAUUAUU